AUGGUGAAAAGUGUUCUCUCGAUUUGUUUCUUGGGUCUGUUCAUUGCUUUUGCAGCAGCAGCUGAUCAUAGCCCUCUCCAGGAUUUCUGUGUUGCUCAAUCGGGCAGUCCAGUGCUAGUGAAUGGCUUGGCUUGCAAGGAUCCAAAAAUGGUUCAGGCAAACGACUUCUCUUUCAGCGGGCUCCAUCUUCAAGGCAGCACAUCGAACCCGGUCGGAUCGAAGGUUACCCCAGUGACUGUGGCUCAGCUCCCAGGCCUCAACACUCUCGGCAUCGCCAUGGCCCGCGUUGACUAUGCACCAUGGGGAGUCAACCCGCCCCACAUUCACCCGCGUGCCUCGGAGAUUUUAAUGGUCCAAGAAGGAACCCUGGAAGCAGGGUUCAUCACUUCCAACCCCGACAACCGCCUCAUCUCCAAGGUCUUGCAAAAGGGUGAUGUUUUCGUCUUCCCUCAAGGCCUCAUUCAUUUCCAGAGAAAUAUCGGCACCGGAAAUGCCGUCGCCAUUGCAGCUCUCGGUAGCCAAAACCCUGGUGUCAUUACUAUCGCUAAUGCUGUGUUUGGAUCGACUCCUGAUGUCUCCACUGGCAUUCUUGCAAAAGCAUUCCAAAUUGAUGAAAGUGCUGUUGCCCAAAUUCAGUCGAAAUUCUAG